AUGGCGACCCCUCCUCCUCCUCGUGAUGGAGGCGAAAAGAGAAAGAAUGACCUCCUCGCGCAGACCUGGGAUAUCAUCAUCAUCGGCACGGGCGCCGCGGCGCUCUCGGCUGCCCUAUCAGCCGCCACCACCACCUCCACCACCACCACGACAACAUCAUCAACAACAACAACAACAAAAACGACAGCGACAGCGAAACCGAAAAUUCUGCUCGUGGAGAAGGCGCCGCGAGAGUGGGCAGGGGGCAACGGCUUCUUCACGGCGGCGGCAUAUCGGACUCGGCACGAGGGCCUAAGCGAUCUGCUGCCGCUGGUAUCCAACGUGCCGGCGCCGCUCGCGGAAAAGAUUGAUCUGCCGCCAUACACGGCGGCGGAUUUCAGGGGGGAUCUGGAGAGGGUGACGGGGGGGAGGAGUGAUGAGACGUUGGGGGGGUAUUUGGUGGGAGAGUCGUUGGACGUGGUGAGGUGGUUGAGAGAGGUCGGGGGCGUGGAUUGGUGGUUGAGUUUUCGGCGGCAGGCGUAUGAGGUGGAUGGACGGUGGCGGUUUUGGGGUGGGUUGCAUUUGACGGUGCAGGAUGGGGGCAAAGGGUUGAUUCGGAACCUAUUGGACGCGGUGAGGAGGCAUGGGUGUGAGAUUUCGUAUGAGACGUGUGCGAGGGGAUUGAUGACGGAUGCGAGCGGGAGGAGGGUCGUGGGCGUGGAGGUGGAAAGAGGAGGGGAGAGAUAUGAGUUGCGGGCGAGUAGUGUUAUUCUGUGCGCUGGGGGCUUUGAGGCGAAUCCGGAAUUGAGGAAGAAAUGGAUGGGUCCUGGGUGGGAAUUGGCGCAUACGCGAGGAACGCCGUACAAUACUGGGGAUAUGCUCGCUGCGGCGAUCGAGCUUGGAGCAAAGACCGUGGGCGAUUUCAGUCCGAGCGGUUGCCAUAGCGUUGCGUGGGAUGCGGAUUCUCCCAAGCAUGGAGGUGAUCGAGACAAGACGAACGAGUUCACGAAGUCUGGAUACCCGCUUGGGUUGAUGUUGAAUGCCGAAGGGAAACGCUUCGUCGAUGAGGGAGUGGACCUGCGCAAUUAUACGUACGCCAAGUUCGGCAGGGCGAUUCUGGAGCAGCCUGAAGGUGUUGCGUUUCAGGUUUGGGAUAGAGAUGGUCAGCAGUGGCUUCGAAGUGAAGAGUAUCGGGAUGAGAUUGUACGCAAAGUCCAAGCGGAUAGCGUGGAGGAGCUGGCAGACAAGUUGCGGGCGGAUGGGCUGAAGGCAGCAGAUGAGUUCGUGAAGACGAUCGAGGAGUACAAUGAAGCGGUCGAGGCUCACAGGCGCGAGCGUCCCGAGAUCAGGCUAAAUCCGGCCAUCAAGGAUGGGCUCUCGACGCAAUCCUCGUCCAGAUCGCUGCCAUUGGCGAAGUCGAACUGGGCAAUCCCCAUCCGGAAGCCGCCUUUCGUUGCGGUAAAAGUGACAUGUGGAAUCACGUUCACGUUUGGAGGGUUGGCGAUCAAUGGGGAGAAUGCAGCGGUACUCGGCGAGGAUGGAAGGGAGAUUGAAGGGCUGCACUGCGCGGGAGAGAUGGUCGGAGGGCUGUUCUAUGGCAACUACCCGGGAGGCAGUGGCUUGACGGCGGGUGGCGUUUUUGGCAGGAGGGCAGGACGAGCGGCGGCCACGAGGGCACAGGAGCAGUCGCGUGGGCAGACGUUGUGA